AUGAGCUUUCCGAAAAAUGAUUUCUGUAGAACAGCCUCUUAUGUAGCUGUAAGCGGUAUCAGUACAGGACGUCGUCAACAAGAAAUUGAAGAGAAACUCAUAGAGGAAGAAACUGCUCGAAGAGUGGAAGAGCUUGUGGCUAAACGUGUAGAAGAAGAGUUGGAGAAAAGGAAGGAUGAGAUUGAGCGAGAGGUUCUCCGCAGGGUGGAGGAGGCUAAGCGCAUCAUGGAAAAACAGUUGCUCGAAGAACUCGAGCGACAGCGACAAGCUGAACUUGCAGCACAAAAAGCCAGAGAGGAAGAAGAGCGUGCAAAGCGUGAGGAACUAGAGCGAAUACUAGAAGAGAAUAAUCGAAAAAUUGCAGAAGCACAAGCUAAACUGGCUGAAGAACAAUUGAAAAUUGUUGAAGAACAAAGAAAGAUUCAUGAGGAGAGGAUGAAACUAGAACAAGAGAGACAACGUCAGCAAAAGGAAGAGCAAAAAAUUAUCCUGGGCAAAGGAAAGUCUAGGCCAAAACUGUCCUUCUCACUAAAAAGCCAGGAUUAAAUUGCAACUCUGAACUCUUAAAAGGAAAAAAGAAAGAAACAAAAAAAUCCGACAAAAAAGCAAAACAAAAAAAAAACUUUGUAUGGUAGCUUCAUGUUGAAGUGGUUUUUUUUUUUUCUCUCAAUUUUUUUUUUUGUCUUUUUUGAAAGUCUGGAAAGUUAGCUUGUUCUAAUAGGGGCUGUGCUCUGCAAUUCUUAUUUUUUUUAAAACUUCCAUUAAGUUAAACCCUUAUCAGAUCAUUGUUGCCUUUUAGAGGGUAAUCUGUUCUCACCGAUUUUGUUUCUGUAUUAGUGGUCUGAAGCAGAUCAGGUCACUUUAUGAAUCGUGGGUGAUCUGAUAAGGUUUUACUGACCUACGCAUCAGAGUUUGACUCUGAUAAUUGACAGAACUUUAUACGGGGUAUUGCUGACUUUUAAAUUUUUUUUUUUUUUUUUAAAGUCAGUAAAUACAUGAGUAAAUUGCCAUAGUAUUACUGGACCUCUGUGGUUUAUUGUUAAAUCAGUGUCCUAUGAUACUGUCCCGUUGUUGCGCUUGAUGUUCCUGACACAGGUAAGGAAAUAGUUUGUCAUUUCUGCUAUGAAUACAUAGAGAGAGUUCAGUAUUGUCUCUGUUAGAUUUGUUUUUAUUACAUUGACAGCAUUCAACCAGCGUUCCCCAUUGUGUAAAUAAACCAAUUUGCUGAAUAAAGUGAAAGUCUUAAAUUCAUAUGUUUAAGUAAAUUUUUUUAGUACACUUCUAUAAACAGCUAUGAGUGACAAUUCACAUGAAAUUCAAGACUAUAGUGGUAUUUUUUUUUUUAAUUUUGCUUUAAACUAUUGUGGCUUCUCCUACUUACAAUGCAAAAUUACACACAGUACAAAGUCCCUGCAGUUGUGAAUGUUUUUGAUGGCUGCUGCUGUUUUCAUGAAUGUUGGUUUUUAUUCUGACAGAGACUUAUUUCAGCUGUAAUAUCAUGUUUAAACAGCUGUUUGGCUUACUGCACCCAGACCAAUACUUCGAUAUCUAAUCCCUUUCAGUUCUCCUCAUAAUAUAGUAUAUUGUAUAAGUUAAGGUCAUUUCCAUAUAAUGAAUCUGAUGGAUCCUAAAGGAUUUAAAAAUGGAAGUUUUUUUCCCAAAGGACUGGACCGGCUAGCGUGCUUGAAGUGAAAAACAGAAAGUGAGAUUCUGUCUAAAUAUGUUGUUUUAGCCAGAAGGCAACUGUUAUUCAUAUACAGAUCUUGAAUGUUCUCCAUUUAUAUAUACAGGUUUUAUUUUGGAAAAUGAAACUACAGAUUGAAAACUAUAUAUAAAAGUCCCCUUUUUGUAUAUAAUUCUUCUACCAAAACCUGGAUUACCAUAGCUUGUCCGGUUCUAAAACUUUCUUUUUCCUGUCGGUAUUGCAACAUCUGUAGUAACCGUAAAAUGAAAGUAACCGGUAGUUGCCUGAGCAUUUGAAUGUCACUGGACAAAGUCGGAACUAAUUUCUGAUAUUCCCAAAGGAUCUGUUUCUGUAGAUUUGGCAAAUUAAAUGCGGGAGCAAGUAGAGUGUGCCACUGAGAGCAGUAUUCAACGUGCUUUGUGUGAAACCUGGGCUUGGGGGCAGGCUGAUGCGUAUCGCUUUGUCCAGCAUGUCGAGAAAAAUGUGAAGACAGUAAAAUACCUACACUAUUACUGUACUUAAAUUUGUCUAUAUAUUGUAUUACAGAAGAAGGUUGAAGGUUGCUUAAUGCAUAAAAACAAAAGCUGAAGCCAAAUAAAUCAUGUACGUGACCUGUUGGCAGGAGCAGGCUGUAUUUAAAGCUCAACUGAUACCUGUAUUUCCAAAACAGAAAACAUCCCCUGUUCCCUUAUGAGAAACAAGCUAUUAAAAGUCAAUACUCAAACCAGA